UGCUCUGGGUGCAGCUGGGCGCGGGACGGAACCGCGGUAGUGGCAUGAGAUACCAAGUGGAAAUUUUCCCUGAUGAUUUGCUGAUGUGUGCCUUCUUGUCAGAACUUGGAGAACUGUGGCUUCCUGUAGUUGUUUCAAAACAAGGGUCAUCUUGAUCUCUGCUGCUGCAGGAUUGGGAGAGAAAACUGGAGUCAAAGUGAAUUAGAAACUUGUCCAAAGACAUGCAAUCUUUUGCGUUUCACGAGCUGUGUAAUGAAUCCCAGUAUGAAACACAAACAAGAAGAAAUGAAAGAAAAUGUAAAGAAUAGUCCUGUCCCAAGAAGAACUCUGAAGAUGAUUCAGCCUUCUGCAGCUGGAUCUCUUGUUGGAAGAGAAAAUGAGUUGGCCCAGGGCUUAUCAAAAAAGAAACUUUGGAAUGACCAGAUAACAUCUAAGACUUCCAGCUCUGGAGUUGUUAUUGACCUAGAAUAUAGUGAAAAUAAAAAUCUUGGAGGAGUCACCCAAGAAGCAUUUGAUCUUAUGGUUAAAGAAAAUCCAUCCUCUCAAUAUUGGAAAGAAGUGGCAGAAAGGCGGAGGAAGGCUCUCUAUGAAGCACUUACGGAGAAUGAGAAACUUUAUAAAGAAAUUGAAGAAAAGGACAAUGAAAUUGCCCGCCUGAAAAAGGAGAAUAAAGAAUUGGCAGAAGUAGCACAACAUGUACAGUAUAUGGCAGAGGUAAUAGAGAGACUGAGUGGUGAACCUCUGAAAAACCUUGAAUCACCACAUAGUCAGGAACUUGAUUCUGAAGAGGAAGCUGGUAAGGAUUCUGGAGAGGAAGCUGGUGAAGAUUCUGAAGAGGAAGCUGGUGAGGAUUCUGGAGAGGAAGCCGGUGAAGAUUCUGAAGAGGAAGCCGGUGAGGAUUCAGAAGAGGAAGCUGGUGAGGCUUCUGAAGUGGAAGACUCAGAAAUUGGCACAUGUGCCGAAAGAACUAUAGCUUCCUCUAUGGAUGCAAAACCAUGUGUAUGAAAUUCAUUAAUACUUGACUUUUGAGAAAUAUACUGCCAAAGUUUAUGUCCACUAGAGUUCUUUGUAGCACAGUACAUAAUUGCAUAAUGCAUACUCUGGAAUCAAACUUCCUUGUUUGAAAUCCUGGGAUCUUACUGUAUUAAAAUACAAAUACCAUGUAUUUUUAAUCUGAUGUCUUAUGCAAAUAGCAUUUUCUCAGUUGUCAGACAUGACUUGUGUAUAUGACUUAAUAAACUUCAAUCUUUCAUUGAAUACUGCGUAUGAUUUGGAAUAAUGAAGUAUAAGGAAUCUGUGUUGCUGGGCACAGUGGCUAACACCUGUA